CAGGUACUGGUAGUGCAGGAAGCUGGUAUCACAGAAUAUUAUAGACAUUUUGGACCUCUGACUUCCACCAUUCUUCUAGCCACAGUGUUAAACUGGAAAAGAUACCCUUGAAAGAAAGGUGGAAUUACUGAAGGAUGUGAUAUUAUCAUAGUGCCUAGGACAUUGCAACAGUAGUGGUAGCCAGGCUUCAAAAUGUAUCAAGUAGAUGAAAUAGAACGUCCCUACUUGGAGCUUGUGGAGAGAGAUAUGGUUUGGUCUGGGAAAGAAAACCAGCCAGUUUAUCAACUUUAUAAAGGAAAAGUAAAGUUGUCAGUGUACAUGAAUUGUGGUCUCCUGACUAUACAUGUCGUACAAGCUAAGAAUCUUUUUAUGGUUGGAAAUAAGCUGUGUAAUUCCUACCUCAAGUUGUGUCUGGUGCCAGAUGAAAAGAAGAGAACACAAUGCAAGACCAAAAUAAUAAGGGGAACCAACAACCCAAAAUAUGAUCAAAGGUUUUCAUUUGAGAUAUUACCAGAAGAUCAAGACAAGAGACUGAUAUUAUCUGUAUGGCACAGAAGAAAAACUGAAAGUGAGCUGCUAGGAUGUAUGUCAUUUGGGAUCAAGAAGUUGGUCAAAUCAAAGAAGGAAAUCGGGGGCUGGUACUUCUUGUUAUCUGAAGAGAUAGGACGACAAAAACAUCUCAAAUUUACUCCCGGCAUUUGCAAAGUGCAAACAAAAGCCUAUCAGCACAUACCAAAAGUGCACUCAGAUGUGCUGUGGAUGGAGUCACUGACAGUGUGUUUGAGGCGUGGUGAGAGAGGGUUUGGCUUCACAGUGGUUGGAUCAUGUCCAGUAAGAGUCGGCAGAGUAGAGCAAUCCUCUGAAGCAUGGUCAUCAGGUUUAAGGACAGGUGACUACAUAGUGCAAAUAAACAGUCAAAAUGUGUCCAGGUCCACUGCAGAGAGUGUCGUCAGGUUGGUCAGGCACUCCAGCAAUCAAAUCAUAGUGGACGUCCAGCGACCAAGGAGAGUCCCAACACUGACCAGUUCCCCAAGAAAGUUUGGUGUGAGGAAGGACAGGAAUGGACAGUCUCCCGAGCAGGAUGAUCCAAUUGAAAGACAGUUGUCUGUGGACAAUGUCAGCGAUGGGGCAGACUGUAAGAAAUCAAGUGGUGAGAGUAGGCAGAUUUCUAGGCAAGUCAUCAGAGGAGUGAGCAUGAGAGAAGCCAACGAGAAAGAUGUUCAGGGACGAAGGGAUGGAUUACGUAGGUCAAAUUCCCAAAGGUCUCCUUCCAAAAGGAAUUCUCAGGAUGUACAGGGUCGACAAAAAUCUCAACGACAUUCCCUGCAUGAGCAGCAGCUUGUUUCCCAAGGUGUUCACAAUGAUCAGGAUCCACAAGGGGAUAUGGAGUGA